CACACACACACACACACUGUCACAGAGAGAGACUGUGUUGGCGGACUUCACACACUCUUCUCUACACACAGUGCAGUGUUGUUUGUUGUUUGUGUUUGUGUUGGUUAUUAAUUAUAUAAAGUUGUAAAGCAGGUCAUGAUGUUGAUGUUCAGGAGUGUAAACAGGAUCCUGUGCAAAAUCAAAUCAAACCCAGUGCCGCUGUGCUGCAGAAUGCAGCACUCGGUGCAGGGUGACACUCCAGCCCCCUUUCGCCCUGAGACCUCCAUGGCCAAGACACUGAUGGACAUCGGGACACGGCGGAUUUUCUCUGAGGAACACGACCUGUUCAGGCAGAACGUCCGCAGGUUCUUUAAGGAAGAAGUGAUUCCUUACCACACGGAGUGGGAAAAGGCUGGAGAGGUCAGUAGAGAGGUGUGGGAGAAGGCAGGGCUGCAGGGGCUGCUUGGUGUUUAUACUCCUGCUGAACACGGUGGUGUUGGAGGAGACCUGCUCUCUGCUGCCAUCGUGUGGGAGGAGCAGAUGUACUCGAACUGUUCAGGUCCUGGUUUCUCUCUGCAUUCAGAGAUCGUGAUGCCGUACAUCAGCCAUUACGGCUCUCAGGCUCAGAUCGAGCGCUUCCUGCCCCAAAUGGCUGCUGGGAAAUGCAUCGGCGCCAUCGCCAUGAGUGAGCCGGGGGCGGGAAGUGAUAUUCAGGGAGUGAAGACGUAUGCGAGGAGAGACGGCUCUGACUGGAUCCUCAAUGGAAAUAAAGUGUUUAUCAGUAACGGCUGGAUGAGUGAUCUGGUUAUUGUUGUUGCUGUAACGAAUCGUGAUGUGAAAUCAGCAGCUCAUGGUCUCAGUCUGUUCCUGGUGGAGAACGGCACCAAGGGCUUCAACAAGGGACGCAAACUGGAGAAGAUCGGUCUUAAAGCACAGGACACAGCAGAGUUGUUCUUUGAGGAUGUACGUCUCCCUGCUGAUUCUGUACUCGGAGAACCGAACAAAGGAUUUUACUACCUAAUGAAUGAACUUCCUCAGGAGAGGUUGAUAAUAGCAGUAAUGGCUCUGGCGAGUUGUGAGUUUAUGUUUGAGGAGACUCGAGGUUAUGUGACUCAGAGGAAGGCGUUUGGGAAAACCAUCGCUGAUCUGCAGACAGUGCAGCACAGAUUAGCAGAGCUGAAGACAGAGAUCUGUGUGGGCAGAGCUUUCAUUGACAACUGCCUCCAUCUGCACAGUGAGAAGAAGCUGGACUCCGGCACGGCCUCCAUGGCCAAAUACUGGGCAACAGAGUUACAGAAUAAAGUGGCCACUCAGUGUCUGCAGCUGCAUGGUGGGUGGGGCUACAUGUGGGAAUUUCCAAUUGCCAAAGCCUUCGUGGACUCUCGUGUGCAGCCCAUCUAUGGAGGAACCAAUGAGAUCAUGAAGGAGCUGAUUGCUCGCAGCAUCGUCGGACAGAGAUAGACCACUGCUGUCGGACCCCAGACACGGAGAGACGCUGUGUGCUUCAGGUGAUGAUCAUGUGACUCAUGAAGCCAUGUGGAGGUGAUGAAGUGGUGGAAAUGGUGGGAUUUGAUCUCACACUCCACCUGAUUGUCUACGUGGAUGUGCUCUCGUGUUUAGAACACACAACCACAUGGUGAAGGACAAGCUGAAC